AAUGCUCAGCUUCCUCCGCUCGGCCCCUGUCCAGUCCUAAGCUUUGAACCGGGGAAUCCUGCUGCCACUGGAAUCAUGGGGAUGUCUGCUGAGGAGAGUAGUUCCACCCGUCCCGAAGUGGGAGAAUGGCCAGAAUUGGAAAAAGCAGAGAAGCUGGCAAGAGGGGCCGCCUUGAAGUGGGCAUCUGGGGUGUUUUACCAACCAGACAAGCUGGAUAGUCUUCCGCAGUACCAGAUUCGGGAGGUGCAGCGUAACAGGUUCAUCGAAUCCCGCAUAAAGUCCACUGCUCAAUCCUACCUGGAAGGCAUGAACACGGGCCUGGAGCAACUGCGUUCUGCCCUGACCGACGUCCAACAUGUGGAAGAAGAACUGGGGAGCAUUCAGAAGGAUCUCACAUCAUGCAUUGAUUCUUUUCGGAGCUUACAGGACCUACGAGAACUGGCCACAAAACAUGACCAGCUGGAGGCAGUGGUCCAGAUGUUGCCUCAGCUCUUCUCAGUACCUCAGCUCAUUUCGGAAGGCUUCGAUCUCUUACAAAGCCAGAACUUCUUGAAAGCUCAUCUAGGGCUUAUGGACCUGGAGAGUUUGCGGGAUAGCAUCCUGUCUCAUGUGCAUAACCGCAACCUGCUCAGCCCCACAAAUCGGACCAGCGUUGAAUCUUACUUCGGGGGUCUCCUGGAACUGAACAAUGCCUUGGCCCAGCAUCUAUGGCGCACAGUUGCCCAUGCCACAAAACUGGUAUCGGAGGACCCAUCCCUUUUUGUGUCGGCCGUACGGAUCAUCGAGAGGGAGGAAAAUAUAGAUGCCAUUGUGCUGCUGAGAUCCCAACCUCACGGCUUCCUCCCACCAGGACGCCCAAAACGUUGGAGAAGGAAAUUCUUCCAAGUCAUUCAAGACACUGUCGUUGCUUCCUAUUUCCAGGCUGAGCCGAACAAGACUCAAGGCCAGGGGCUCAGUGGCCACUUGGCAUGCUUGCAGAAUAGCAUCCUAGCUGAGUUACGCAUUGUGAAAGAUUUGAUGGUCCAGUGCUGCCCUCCUCAUUACAACAUCCUCAUGGCCUUCGCCACCAUGUUCCAUCAAGGCCUAACCCAUCACCUGCAUGGUAUUCUUACCUGGGACCUAGACAAACAAGAGAUCUUUGCUCUCCUCCACUGGGCAAUCCAUGUCUACCCAAGUUCUGAAAUGAUGGCUCACCCAGAUCUGCUUCCUGAAGUGGACAUCUCAACCUUAGGUGCUCUGCUUCCAGCAGAUGCAAUAGGCUCCCUGGAAGAGUCUUAUCUGGGGAAAGUACAGGCUAGCAUUGCAGAAUGGAUGCAGAAGGCUCUAGAAAUGGAGUUUGAGGAAUGGCUUUGUGGAAAAGAACCCGAAUCUGACUAUCAAGGCUUCUUCCAGACCACUUUGCCUACCAUUGCCAUGAAGAUGCUUGAUGAAAACAUUAGAGUGGUAUCUCUCAUUUCUGAUAUUUUCCAGCAGAAAGUUCUUGAAAUGGCUUUGGGAGAGUUGGAGGCCUUUUUGGGCAGCCUGUAUGAGAAAUUAGUGGAAUUUUGCAAAGCACAUCAUCAAGAGCCCAUGGCAUCUAAGUACUACACAGCGAGAUUGCUGUCCACUGUCAACAACUGCUUGGCUCUCAGCUCCUCCAUCUCAGCCUUGUGUGCUAAUGGACUGCCCCCUGAAGAGCCUGCCAGGAUGCUACCAUCUCUACACACGGCGUUAGAGAAAAUGCAGAAGAAGGCAUGCCAACUUCUACUAGAGGAGAUGCUGGCUGACUUGAAGCCACACUUUGCCCAGUUGCCUUCCCGCCAGUGGCUGCUGGAUGAUUGUCAGCUGACGAACAACAUCUGCGAGGUGAUUGAAAAGCAUGCGGAAGAUUUCAGCAGAACUCACAAACCUGUCAGCAUGUACCUGCUGUCAGAAGCUGAGCACCUGGUCAUGAGCCAGUAUGUGAAGUCCCUCUUGCAGAAACGGAUGAUGUGUCGAACAGCUGAGGAGAGGACCAAGAUGUCCACAAGGAUGCUGCAGGAUUCCUCUCAGCUGAAGGAACUCUUCUGCGCCUUGGGCUUGGAGGAGGACAAACUGUCCCUCAAAGUCAUUGCAGAUCUGCAGCAGAUCAUCAGUGUCAAGGAUCCUUCUAUGCUUGGCCUGGAAGUGUUGGGAUUCAUGUCAAAAUAUCCUGAUAUCAGCGACGACCACAUUUCCAUGUUCUUCUACUUGCGGGGCGACAUUUCCAAAGAAAUCUGCAAUCAUGUGCUGGGAAUCAUGGCACAGAAUCCUCAAGUCCUACCGGAGAAUUAUGAUCCCAUUUUCAGCAACAUCUUGGUUCCUGCUCCAGAGCUGCCCUUCUGCCUUGGAAAUAUCUGCGUGCCUUCCUGAAAAGAAACUGUAAAUACGAGCAGCUUUGAGGCAAAGCCCUGCCUUAGAUCUAGAGACAUCUCAGAAAAGACCUUGCAUUAGGUAUCUUGAUAUUUAUCUUCCUGAAGGAUGAAACCUUAUUAAAGUAUGUGAAUUAAGCAGAGACAUCUGUGCAAGAGUGGUUCCGUGAGAAUCUAGACAGUGUAGUUCUUGAAAGGUCAAAUCCAGCAGCGUAAGAUUGGGUCCACAAAGUAACAUCAAAUUCAACAGCAAAGUUUAUUUGCAUUAAUCAGGAUCUGCCAGGACCUGAAGGAUCCCAUUAUCAAUAUUUCGGGUACUUUGGCCUCCAAGGGAAAUGAACAGGAAAUGAAAUAAGAGAAGCAUUCAAAAUAAUUUAUUUUUUUCACAAAAAAAAGAAAACCAAAACAAAACAAGACAUGACAAACACUAACAUAAAACAUAUACUCUUUCUUUACAUCAGCUUCGUUUCGGUAUUCCUCUAUUCUUUACAUUUUUUCCCUUCUCGUUUCCUUUAAUUGUACUUAUCUUUUUUGUCCCAGUAGCUAAGACGCUGAGCUUGUCGAUCGAAAGGUCAGCAGUUUGGUGGUUUGAAUCCCUAGCACUGCGUAACGGUGUGAGCUCCCGUGACUUGUCUCAGCUUCUGCCAAACCUAGCAGUUCGAAAGCACAUAAAAAAUGCAAGUAGAAAAAAUAGGGACCACCUUUGCUGGGAAGGGAACAGCGUUCCGUGCGCCUUUAGCGUUGAGUCAUGCCGGCCACAUGACCACGGAGACGUCUUCAGACAGCGCUGGCUCUUUGGCUUUGAAACGGAGAUGAGCACCGCCCCCUAGAGUUGGGAACAAUUAGCACAUAUGUGCGAUGGGAAUCUUUACCAUUAACCUUACUUUUGGUCAAUAUAAUAUAGAGCAGUAGGCCAUUUAAUCAAGCAGGGGUUAAAAGGUUGAGAACCAGAACAAUCUCAUUUUAUCGUGGAAAAUCAGAUACUGAAUAUACUCAUGGAUAAGCCAAAAAUUCUAGAUCCCCAAACAUAUCCAAUAUGAGCUUAUCUGCAAGUGCAGACAAUACAAGUUUUCCCCUCCCCCAGCAAAGAUUUGCUGACUUUGAAGGGAAAGUCACAGUCCAAGCACGACUAUCCAGAACUCUUGUCGCCCAGCUGCAGCCCUCAAGGCUCUUCCCUCGGGAUCUGCAGCGGAAGGAACGGAAGGACAAAUCAGACUGAUUAAAGUAACCACAGGUGUGAGAUUGUGAAACGUUUCUCCGUGCAACAAAGAAAGGAAAACAGUAAUAGAAAUACGCACAGAGGCUGAGAGUUGGAAGCAGUGUGUUUUUUUUUUAAUUAAAAAAAACUAGCAAACAGGCUUUACUCAAUGAAAGAUCUUUGAGGUGGCCGUUAGGAAUCAUUUGACACAAAAUGGAGAUUGGGAGGGACAAUGCCAAUUUAGGUUAUUGUUAUCUCUUUAUUUUUUUUUUUGAUAACCCAGUUUGGGUUAUUGUCUCUCUUACUGUAAAUUCUUAAGGGCAGGCAUGAUGGCUCAGCGAUUAAAGACGCUGGGCUUGGAAAGCUGACAGCUCGGGUUCGAGACCCGAGCAUCGCGCAAUAGAGUGAUCUCCCAUUACUUGUCGCAGUCCCUGUCCGCCUAGCAGUUAGACAGCAUGCAAAUGCGAGUAGAUAAAUAGGUACCACUUUGAUGGGAAGGUAACAGCACUGCAUUUGCCUCAGCGUAUAGUCAUGCUGGCCACAGGACCACAGAAAUGUUUUCGGACAAUGGAGGCUGCCACGGCUACGGAAAAGGAGAUGCUAUAUAAUGAUGCUACAGAGCACUGCACACCAGAACAACUAGACACAAGAACAGUUUUUUCCCGAAGGCCAUCACUCUGCUAAACAAAUAAUUCCCUCAACACUGUCAAAUUAUUUACUAAAUCUGCACUACUAUUAAUCUUCUCAUCGUUCCCAUCACCCAUCUCUUUCCACUUAUGACUGUAACUUUGUUGCUGGCAAUCCUUAUGAUUUAUAUUGAUAUAUUGACCAUCAUUUGUGUUGUAAAUGUUGUACCUUGAUGAACGUAUCUUUUCUUUUAUGUACACUGAGAGCAUAUGCACCAAGACAAAUUCCUUGUGUGUCCAAUCACACUUGGCCAAUAAAAAAUUCUAUUCUAUUCUAAAAUGUGAGUAGAUAAAUAGGUACCACUUUGAUGGGAAGGUAACAGCACUGCAUUUGCCUCAGCGUAUAGUCAUGCUG